AGGCACCUGCGACAGGUGGAGCGCGCGGCGCCGGCCGGUCUCUCGGCCAUGUCCGCGGAGAGCGCGGGACCGGUUCCAGGACCGGGGCCAGGACCGGAGCCGGGGCCCCUCUGCCCGGAGCACGGCCAGGCUCUCAAGUGGUUCUGCUGCUCCGAGCGAAGGCCGGUGUGCGCCGCCUGCACGGAGCUCGGCGGCCGCUGCCGGGGCCACCGCAUCCGCCCGGCGGGGGAGCGCGCCGAAGAGCUGCGGAACAAGAUUGUGGACCAGUGUGAGAGACUGCAGUUACAGAGUGCUGGCAUCACCAAGUACAUGGCUGAGGUCCUACCAGGGAAGAACCAGAGAGCAGUGAGCAUGGCCAGCGCAGCGCGGGAACUGGUCAUCCAGCGGCUGGGGCUGGUGAGGAGUCUGUGUGAGACCGAGGAGCAGCGGUUGCUGGAACGGGUGCACGGCGAAGAGGAGCGGGCCCACCAGAGCAUCCUGACGCAGCGAGUACACUGGGCUGAGGCUUUGCAGAAGCUCGACACCAUCCGCACUAGCCUGGUGGACAUGCUCACCCAUACGGAUGACCUCCAGCUGAUUCAGAAGGAGCAGGAGAUUUUUGAGAGGGCUGAGGAAGCAGAGGGCAUUUUGGAUCCCCAGGAGUCGAAAAAGUUAAACUUUAAUGAGACGUGUGCUUGGAGCCCACUUCUGACCCAGCUCUGGGCAACAGCAGCUCUCGGCUCCCUCUCAGGCACAGAGGAUGUGCGCAUCGAUGAGAGGACUGUCAGCCCCUUCCUGCAAUUGUCAGAUGAUGGAAGGACUCUGACCUUCAACGCCAAGAAGUCCAAAGCCUGUGCAGAUGGCCCAGAGCGCUUUGACCACUGGCCCAACGCCCUGGCCGCCACCUCUUUCCAGUCUGGGCUGCACGCGUGGAUGGUAAAUGUGCAGAACAGUUGUGCCUACAAGGUGGGCGUGGCCUUAGGCCAGCUGCCCCGUAAGGGUUCUGGCAGUGACUCUCGUCUGGGCCACAAUGCCUACUCCUGGGUCUUCUCCCGCUACGACCAAGAGUUCUGUUUCUCACACGGCGGGCAGCAUGUUCCCCUGGGGCUGCUGCGCUGCCCAGCACAGCUGGGUGUGCUGUUGGACUUGCAGGCCCAGGAGCUGCUAUUUUACGAUCCAACCUCGGGCACAGUGCUCCACACCCACCAUGCGUCCUUCCCUGGGCCCCUCUUCCCAGUCUUUGCUGUGGCUGACCAGACCAUUUCCAUUGUCCACUGACCUUCGGCACUGGGGAGGCUAGAUCUGCCUGCCCACCAUCCUUUUAGGCCACAUUUCUACCUAGUAUCCUUUUCCCAAAUGUUGCCCAUGCCCACCGGGCAGCUUUAGGAGGGGUAGGAUCCAUUUCAGAUCCGGUAUAACCAUUAAAUGCUGUAUCUGUGGGGAACCUGCCAUUCCCUGGG